CAUCUGUACCUUAGUUGUAUACUCAAACGCCCAUUCCCAUGGCUUCUCCGAAACCUCCAUCCAAUCUCCUCAACAAUCCGUAUAUAUUCACUCCCCCUGAAGCCCCAAUGCCAUCGCAAUCCCCAACAAAAAACCCCAACAACAUCACAUUUCCUUUUCUUCACAAUGGACUCAAGAUCUCAGUCAAAUUUCCACGAUUUAUUGCCUCUCAUGGCUGAAAAGCUCGGCGGGGACGCCUUGAUCGGCGAGCUCUGCAAUGGAUUUCAGCUACUCAUGGAUAAAGACCGAGGGGUCAUCACCUUCGAGAGCCUCAAGAAUAACUCCGCUUUGCUGGGCUUGCAAGACUUCACCGACGAUGAUCUCCGGAGCAUGCUCCGAGAAGGAGAUUCCGAUGGAGAUGGGGCCCUGAAUCAGAUGGAGUUUUGUGUGCUAAUGUUUAGAUUGAGCCCUGAAUUGAUGGAGCAGUCCGAGUUUUUGUUAGACCAGGCCCUUCAUGAUCUGUUCAGAGAUUCUCUCAGAGAAGCUAGGGUGAAAGCGGUUUCAGACUUUCAGGGACAUAUAUGUUGAAACUUUAGGGAAGCUGAAGCUCUACAGUACAGGAUUACUCCAUCUCAAUCUUUAAGUGAUGGUGAAAGCUUAGUUUCAGAGGAGGGAAGCUUUGAACUUGGUUUCUUUAGUCCAGGCAGCUCCAAGUAUCGUUACUUGGGUAUUU